GCCGCGGCCUCCGAGGUCCUGCAGUAGCUGCAUUCUGAAGUGCAGUACAUGGACAUGGAGAAGCAACCCUCAGAGACUACGGUGAAUCAAGGUAUGACAAAUGGUGAUACCCCUGCAGCAUUGGCAUCUGUAUCACCAUCAGCAGGCACCUCCAUUGCUCCAGCGUCACAGGAUGCUCCAGUCGAUCCAGUCAUCCAGCCUCAUUCCUUAGAUCAGAACCAGGUUGCAUCCCAGCAGACCCAUAAUAGCCAUCAGCAGCAACAGCUCCAGGCCUUCUGGUCCGGCCAGCUGGACGAGAGCAAGCAGACAACUGAUUUCAAGACCCACAGCCUUCCCCUGGCAAGGAUCAAGAAGAUCAUGAAAGCCGAUUCCGAUGUCCCAAGGAUCGCGGGUGAGGCACCAGUGUUGUUUGCCAAGGCUUGUGAGAUGUUCAUCCAGGAACUAACACUGCGGGCGUGGUUUCAUGCCGACGAGGACAAGAGGAGGACGCUGAAGAAGAAUGAUGUCACUGCCGCACUAUCAGGGACAGAAGUCUUUGAUUUCUUGGUAGACACCGGUCCAUCAGACAAACUUAAGGGUGAUGGAGCGGUUUUGCCAACGACUACAACCGUGCAGGAGGAGGAUGACGAUCCCUAUCGUGACUACUGCUGGGAUGAUUACUCUCCCCCCUGGUCCCCUGAUGACUCCCCUGGCCCUGACUUGCGCAAUGUGACUUGUGAUGACCCAAGAUACUAUACUUACAUCCAUGAAUACUAUUCUCUGUGAGAGAACAGUGUCCUGCUUGAACUGCUGGGGAGUGUGGCUACGUGGUUUCGGUCACUGUCAUAGUGUUUUGG